GGGCCACAAAAAGUUAAAAUACGACCCUGGACAUCGGAGAAUCAUCGGAUCCACCAUUCGAGGAGGCGUACAAGAAACUUUUUGACGAAUUUAACCCGCAGAGAUUAAGCGAAGGGGACGAGGUUUUGGUGGGGGAUGAAAUGGAGCUUCCAUUGAUUGAUCUGGAAGAGCUGAGCCGAGGAGAAAUGGCAAGAGAGGAGUGCAAGAAGAAGAUCGCCAGAGCUUCUCAGGAGUGGGGUUUCUUCCAGGUCGUGAACCACGGAAUUUCACGGGAGAUAUUGGAGACGAUGAGGAAAGAAGAAGUGAAGCUGUUCAAGAGAACGUUCAAGGAGAAGGCUAUGGCGGACAAGAUGUUCAACUUCUCGGAGGGGAGUUACCGGUGGGGAUCACCGUCUGCUUCGCGCCUGAGAGAGUUCUCUUGGUCGGAAGCUUUUCACGUCCAGCUCAGCGAUAUCUACGCCGACGGCGACUCACCGGCAGCUGCCUCAAUGCCCAACCACCACCUCAGCUCAAUAAUGCGACAGGUGGCGACAUCUUUGUACGAGCUAGGGCAAAAGUUGGCUGCAAUCUUGGCGGAGAAGGUGGGCCACAGCCCGACAUACUUCCAAGAAACAUGUUUGCUGACCCACUCUUACAUUCGAAUGAAUCGUUAUCCUCCACGCCCCAACACCUUUGGCUUUGGUUUGAUGCCUCAUACGGACAGCGACUUCCUCACCAUUCUGCACCAGGAUGACGUGGCUGGAUUGCAGCUUGUCAAACAUGGAAAAUGGGUGUCCGUUAAACCCAACCCAGAUGCACUUGUUAUCAACAUUGGUGAUUUGUUUGAGGCGUGGAGUAAUGGGAUUUAUAGGAGCGUUGAGCAUCGAGUUGUUACUAAUAGUACGAGGGAGAGAUUCUCAACCGCUUUUUUCUUGUGUCCAUCGUAUGAUACAGUGAUUAGCUCUCCUUUUGAGCCUUGUUUAUACAGGAGAUUCACUUUUAGGGAGUUCAAGGAGCAGGUCGGAGAGGAUGUAAAAAAAAUUGGUCAUAAAGUGGGCCUUUCUAGGUUUCUUGUACGUUGUGACUAAUCAUUCAUAACUUACAAUUUUGCCCAUCUGUACUACUAGUUAUUGAUCCA